AGCCUCCGUUGUGAAAGAAUAUCGAGAAGUUGCAGCCACAAGCGCGUCGAAGAGCACGUGCGACGCGUUUGGGUGUUCUCCAUAAACGCGUCGCGUGAAGUUGAGCCAGCGCGUUAGUCUUAGACUCUUCUUCCCUCUUGGUUUAAAUAUUUCUUUCUGGAUCUCUCUUGAACUGAGGCUUUUAUUCUUAUGGUAUACCUACCGCCACCUCAAUAUGCCUCUGAGACACGUCGCUCCUACGCCGAAGCUUAUGCCAACAUCCUCGCCGCACACCGUCGUUCGCCCAGUACCUCUGCUUCCUCUGUCAUCCUUCUCGUAGCACCCGAUGUCGACUCUCUCUGCGCUGCACGUAUGUUAGCUGACUUGCUCAAAGGGGACGAUGUGAUGCAUCGUAUCGUACCUGUUUCUGGACAUGCUGAUUUGGAGAAGAAGAGGGAUGAGUUGGCUACUUAUGCUGAUUUGCAUACCCUUAUUCUCAUCAAUAUGGGAGCCAUCCUCGAUCUACCGUCACCGGAAUGGUUUGGUGACUUCAACCCACGGCUUACAGUCCAUGUCAUUGAUUCUUCAAGACCUCAGAACUUGGCAAGUCUGUUUGGUGCAGGAGAGAAUGGAGAUAGGAUAGUUAUCUGGGAUGACGGAGGUGCUGAGAAUAUGCAAGAGGAGCGAAAGGCUUGGGAGGUGCUUACAUAUGAGCCAGAGCCGGAUUCAGAUGAGGAUUCUGACCUCGAGUCUGACCGACCUGAAGAAGAUGAGGAGGAAGAUGAGGACGAAUACGAGGCUAGUAGUUCCUCUGGAAAGCGACGAUCAUUAGGCAGCGGUGGUCGGUCUUCGCCAAAACGGAGGAGGCUCGAGAAACGACCGAAACGAGUAUCACGCGAAGAUCGCGAUCGCUAUGCUGCACGACUGGAGAAACAUUACAUGUCUGGUACGUGGCAUGGCCAGAGUGCAUCAGGCACAAUAUACAUUCUAGCUACUGUGCUAGAACGUGUCGAUAAUGACUUGCUCUGGCUGGCGAUCCUUGGACUCACUUAUCAAUACACUACCUCCCGAAUAUCACGCACAGACUACGACAAAUACCAUUCGAUAUACUAUGAUGAAGUUGCGCGUUUGAAUCCUCCCCCACCUGCCUCUGCCACACGGGAUUAUGACUUCAAAAGUCAACAUCCUGAUGACCGCAGCGUUUAUGCAGCAGAUGAGUUGAGGUUUAUGAUGUUUCGUCAUUGGAACCUCUACGACGCGAUGUAUCAUUCGAGUUAUGUUGCUAGCAAGUUGGGCAUUUGGAAGGAGAAGGGCAGGAAACGGCUAAGUGGGCUUUUAGCCAAGAUGGGUUUCUCAAUACCUGAAACCCAACAGCCAUACCCUCACAUGGCCAAAGACCUCAAGCAAAUGCUCCGCAACAAACUCGACCAAAUUGCACCCGAAUACGGACUCGUCGAGCUCUCGUAUCCCUCAUUCACCCGUUGUUACGGCUAUCACUCACAACCACUCUCCGCUUGCGAUGCAGUCGAAGCUGUAUCGGCCCUUUUAGACGUUGCGAGUGGUGUUCGUAUGGAGGUUGAGAUACAGGGUGCGAGGAAUGGUGGAGAAUGGUUUGGUGGUGGUAGAGUAUGGGAAUUAGGUGGUUGGGAGGGGAGAAGGGAGAGAGAGGAUGAAGGAGAGAUGGCUAAGAUACUUGCAGGAAUCUCACGUGAGGCUGCUGGCGGAAAGUCUAACGAUGAGGCGGAGGAUGGCGAGUGGUGGGUGAAGAACUUCUGGACGGCGUUCGACGCGCUAACUGAUAUCACCCAUCUUCGGGAAGCACUCCCUCUUUCCAUGUCCCUACAUCGUGCAAUCAUCCGUCAAGGCUCAUCUAUUAUUGACAAGCAGGAUAUUCGAACCCUUCGAGGACACCGUGUGGUCGUUAUUACACAAGGUCCUGAUCUUGCGCUCUUUGCUCAUCCUGGUGUUUUGUCGAGGUUGGCCUUGUGGCUCGUGGAAGCUAUGAGAGACAAAGUCCCUGUCAAGCCUCUUGCUAACGGCAAGAAAAGGAAGAGCCUGCCGUUUGUUGUCGCUUGUUUGAAUGAAGAAGAGGGAACGUAUAUCGUCGUAGGUGUCACUGCCGCGUUGGACUUUGGCGAAGUGAGGAAGAACGAAUUUGGUCUUGCUUUCCUCGAUGCCAAAGAACGUUGCAACGCGCGGACGCGACACGGUUCCUUCGAUACCAGUGUUAUUGAGAUCAACAAGGAUGAUCUUAAAGUCUUCCUCGAAACUCUCUGCGAAGCCGGAGAUAGAUAACCAUGGACUUCGUGCAAAGACUCCUCACUUCCCUCACGGUUAUUGCGUUCAUGUAGUGUGUACUUGGAUUUUUCUCUGUAUUUCCUCUCUGUCUGCUAGUGUAUUUGAUAGAUACUCACUCAUCCUUUGUAAUCGACAUGCAUUCCACAGUUCCCAUCGCAAUCUACUUAUUCUGUACAUGAGCAAAAAGGAUAUAUGGACAUAGCAAUGAGAGUUUUGCUAACGGUUUCUUGACCGUCGAAGCUAUCACAAUACACCUUUCGUACUAGGAAUGUCAGUCCCUCCAGUUCUCUCGAUGGCCUGACGAAUUGCCAACGCAAGAGCUUUGAAGGCGGACUCCGCCCUAUAUCACAAUCAUUAUGAACAGUGUGAUUCAUUUCUAGUAACGUGAAGCACUAACCUAUGAUGGU